AUGAGUAAAUGCAUCAUAGCUCCUUUCAAGAUCAUGUCAAAUGCAUUGAAAGGUUUUGUAAGUGCUUCUGGAUUAGUAAUGUAUGGUAGAAACGUGGUGCACAGUGUGGAGAUUGUGGGUGUGUGUAUUGAAACGGGCAAAAGUUAUGUAAAGAUAUUGGACUUUUGUGGAGAGGUAUAUGUAAGUGUUGUAGAAACCUCAGUUAUGCCUGGAAUAUGUUAUUCACUGAUAUGUAAGCCAUACAUAAAGAAAGGCGAGAUCAGGCUUCACUGUAAAUCUGCACGAAGAGUAUGUGUGUUUGAAGAAAUGUUUUUUUGGGCAGAAGCAUUAAGCUUGAGUAAAAGCAUAUACUCUUAA